AUGUGUCUUUGUCGUUCUGCGGGUUACAUCCAGAAGCGGAGGGACCUGCCGCUCUCCGAGUCCUUUGCCAAGUCCACCGAGUCUCCUUUGCGGGCGCGGCGAAUGGCAGGAUGCGCAGUCUCGAUGCUCUGCAGCCAGAUUCCCGAGUGGUCUGCGGUGGCGUGGGCCAAGGCACUGCGUGGACAGUCCUGGUGCAGCGCCCUUGGAGCACUGAACACCUUGGAGAAGCAAUGGGUUCAGAUCGACGUAGUCCUUUGCAACACCGUGAUCUCCUGCUAUGAGAAAACCGAAAACUGGCCCAUCGCCAUGGACACCUUCUCCUCACUCCACCGAACCUUCUCAUCGCCUUCAGCGGUGUCCUUCGGAGCGGUGAUGAGUACCUGCGAGAAGUCGGAUCAAUGGCAAUGGGCCAUUCAGAUGCUCUCAGAGCUUUAUGAGGCCGAUCUCCAGGCCAACGCUAUCCUUAUGAGUUCGGCCAUGAGCGCCUGCGGUGGCGCCCAUGCUUGGCACACCACCGUGGCUGUGCUACGGCAAUUCGCCUCAUCGACGACGAGAUCGGACAUCAUCAGCUUCAACAGUGCCACGAGUGCUUGCGAAGAAGUGCGACGAUGGAAGGAUGCCCUUCAGAUCUUUUUGUGCGCAAAGUGGCAGCAGCUGCAAACGACAAUCGUAUCGUACAGUGCAGCCAUGACUGCAUGUGAGAACCAGUGGCUUUCAGCUUGGCAGCUAUUUCAGCUACUGCGCAAUGACGGAAUACUCAUGAGCACAAUUCCCUUCAAUGCCGUGGCCAGUGCCUGUGCAAAAGCAGCAGAGUGGGUAAAUGCCUUGCACCUUGUCAAUGAGGUGCACCAGAUGCUUUUGCAGCGCACGCUCGUGACCUAUGGCAGCGGCAUCAGUGCCUGUGAGAAGUCGCUGCAGGAGUGGCAACGAUGCCUGCAGCUGCUGGGUGACCUCGAAGGAGAAUCACUGCAAGGCAACCUGGUGGUCCAGAACGCAGUGCUGAGUGCAUGCGAAAAGGCCACGACUGCCACGGCCUGGGUGCGCUGGCCACGCGUACUCCAUUUGCUGGGACGAUGCGUCGCAGACGCCAUCAGCGUGAAUUGUGGAGUAGGCGCUUGCCAGACGGCGACUGAAUGGCGGCAUGCGCUUUUUCUCGCACUUCCCGAGGGCGAGAGUCAGUCCGUGAGUGCCACUGCAAUCUCAUAUGCCACCGCCGCGGCCACUGGAGCCGCCACGGUCACCGUGGCCACGGUGAGGUUGUUGGAACGGCUGGAGCAGCUGGGGAUCCAAGGCACAAGGCGUCCAAGGCACAGCGCUCGCUGA